GCCAAGUCUCUUUAUUUACGCCUACCUCCCAGCCCUUGGCAAUCUGACUAAUAACAAACUGAGCUAACAAGAAAGACUAGAAAGGGAGGAAGGAGAACAUUGCUGCAGCUUGGAUCUACAACAAAAGAAAGCAAGAGUGAUCAGUCUGAGCUCUGUUAAACAUCUUGUUUAUUUCCUGCAUUCAGCAGCUUGCAAAUGGUUAACUAUAUACAAGAAAGUCAGCAUAGCUGUGAAGUAUGCUGUGAAUUUUAAUUGGGGGACAAAAGGACAACUGCUUCAGGAUGCUCUGAUGUGGACUCUGCUUGCAAUAUUUGCAAUGAAAUGUGUAACAUUUUGUCUCUGACAAGAGAUUUUAACUUUCCAAAGCUAUGGGACUUGCCAAAAAGUGAUAUUUGAGAAGAAACUAUGUGGUGGUUGGUGUUUUCUUUUUAAUAAAGCAAUUGAAUUACUUUGAACACCUCUUGCAGCUGUGCAUUACAGAUAACGUCAGGAACGGUUGCUGCUUUACAGAAUCAGAUGUCAUCACAUGUCAACAUGAAGCUGUGGAUUUGUCUCUUAUAUUCAUCUUUCCUUGCCUGUAUAACUUUUCAAUCCCAGACUCCAAUACCCUCAGUCAGAGGCUCAUGUGACAAUCUUUGCAAUUGUGAGGAAAAAGAUGGAACAAUGAUAAUAAAUUGUGAACAAAAGGGUAUCAAGACUUUAUCACAAAUAAGUGUGCCACCAUCACGACCUUUCCAUCUGAGCUUAUUAAAUAAUGGCUUGACAAUGCUUCACACAAAUGACUUUUCUGGGCUUACCAAUGCUAUCUCAAUACACCUUGGAUUUAACAAUAUUGCAGAUAUUGAGACGGGUGCGUUUAAUGGCCUUGGACUCCUUAAACAGCUUCAUAUCAAUCACAAUUCUUUGGAAAUUCUUAAAGAGGAUACCUUCCAUGGACUGGAUAACCUUGAAUUUCUGCAAGCUGAUAACAACUUUAUUACAGUGAUUGAACCAAGUGCCUUUAGUAAGCUCAACAGACUUAAAGUGUUAAUUUUAAAUGAUAAUGCUAUUGAGAGUCUUCCCCCAAACAUAUUUAGAUUUGUUCCUUUAACCCAUCUAGAUCUUCGUGGAAAUCAGUUGCAAACAUUGCCUUAUGUUGGAUUUUUGGAACAUAUUGGCCGAAUAUUGGAUCUCCAGUUGGAGGACAACAAGUGGGCCUGCAAUUGUGACUUAUUGCAGUUAAAAAUUUGGCUGGAAAACAUGCCUCCACAAUCUAUAAUUGGUGAUGUUGUGUGUAACAGUCCUCCAUUUUUCAAAGGAAGCAUACUAAGUCGACUGAAAAAAGAAUCUAUUUGCCCUACUCCACCAGUGUAUGAAGAACAUGAGGAUCCUUCAGGAUCAUUGCAUCUGGCAGCAACAUCUUCAAUAAGUGAUGAUCACAUGUCAACUAAGAUCAUAUCCAUUUUAAACCCACCUACCAAAGCACUAGGUUUAAUACCUUAUCUUACAAAGCCAUCCACUCAACUUCCGGCACCUUACUGUCCUGUUCCUUGUAACUGCAAAGUCCUAUCCCCUUCAGGACUUUUAAUACACUGUCAAGAACGCAAUAUUGAAAGUUUAUUGGAUCUAAAACCUCCUCCACAAAAUCCUAAGAAGCUUAUUCUAGCCGGAAAUAUAAUUCAUACAUUGAUGAAAUCAGAUCUAGUGGAAUAUUUCACUUUGGAAAUGCUUCACUUGGGAAACAAUCGUAUUGAAGUUCUUGAAGAAGGAUCCUUUAUGAAUCUAACAAGAUUAGAAAAGCUCUAUCUAAAUGGUAACCAUUUGACUAAAUUAAGCAGAGGCAUGUUUCUUGGACUUGACAGUCUUGAGUACUUAUAUCUUGAAUACAAUGCUGUUAAGGAAAUAUUACCUGGAACCUUUAACCCAAUGUCUAAACUUAAAGUCCUUUAUUUAAAUAACAACCUCCUACAAGUUUUACCACCACAUAUCUUUUUAGGAGUUCCCCUAACUAGGGUAAAUCUUAAAACAAACCAGUUCACCCAUCUACCUGUAAGUAACAUCUUGGAUGACCUUGAUUUAUUGACCCAGAUUGAUCUUGAGGAUAACCCCUGGGACUGUUCCUGUGACCUGGUUGGAUUGCAGCAAUGGAUACAAAAAUUAAGCAAGAAUAUAGUGACAGAUGACAUUCUCUGCAGUUCCCCAGGACAUCUUGACAAAAAAGAAUUAAAAGCUCUGAACAGUGAAUUUCUUUGCCCUGGUUUAGUAAAUAACCCAUCCCUGCCAACUCAGAGUAGUUAUAUUAUUGUCACUACUUCUACAACAAUGACAAAUACAGCUGGCACAAUUUUAAAAUCUCUAACUGAUGCAGUACCACUAUCUGUUCUAAUAUUAGGACUUCUGAUUGUGUUCAUAACUAUUGUGUUCUGUGCUGCAGGAAUAGUGGUUCUUGUUCUCCACCGCAGGAGAAGAUACAAAAAGACACAAUCAGAUGAGCAAAUGAGAGACAACAGCCCCGUGCAUCUUCAAUACAGUAUGUAUGGCCAUAAAACAACUCAUCAUACAUCUGAAAGGCCCUCUGCCUCUCUCUAUGAGCAGCACAUGGUGAGUCCCAUGGUUCAUGUUUAUAGAAGUCCAUCUUUUGGUCCAAAGCAUUUGGAAGAGGAAGAAGAAGGGAAUGAGAAAGAAGGAAGCGAUGUAAAACAUCUCCAAAGAAGUCUUUUAGAACGGGAAAAUCAUUCACCACUGUCAGGAUCAAAUAUGAAAUACAAAACCACAGACUCAUCAAGAGAAUUUUUAUCCUUCCAGGAUGCCAGUUCACUAUAUAGGAACAUUUUAGAAAAAGAAAGAGAACUUCAGCAACUGGGAAUCACAGAGUACCUAAGAAAAAACAUUGCUCAGCUCCAACCGGAUAUGGAAGUACAUUAUCCUGGAGCCCAUGAAGAGCUGAAAUUAAUGGAAAGGUUAAUGUAUUCUAGGCCAAGGAAGGUAUUGGUGGAACAGACUAAAAAUGAGUAUUUUGAGCUCAAAGCCAAUUUACAUGCUGAACCUGAUUAUUUAGAAGUCCUGGAGCAACAAACAUAGAUUUGAGUUUGAGGGCUUUCACAGAAUUGCUGGGAUUCUGGCUUAAGUCCAAAUCUUGGAAAUAAGUGCCUUUUAAUGAUUUUGGUCAUCGAUCAGAACUUAAGCACAGCAGUAAUCCUAUGGGAAAAAAGAACAAGGAAAAGAAACUCAGGGAUCACUGGGAGAAGCCGUGGCAUAUCUUCAGGCAAUUUAGUCUGUCCCAAAUGAAAGAAAUCCUUGCAUGUAACUCCGACAAGGAUUAUAUUAAUACUUCACCAUAUACUUAAAAGUGUUUCAUAGAAGUCCUCUUGCACAUCUCAAAGUGUUGAACAUUUAAACAACAUUUUUCUUGAAUAAUUCUACCCUUGAAUUGAAUAAAAUUAGAUUUCAUCGUUUUUUAAAAAGCACCUUAUAAUAUGUAAUGAAUAUGUUAUUUACUACCAGAAUAUACUUCAAAUAUGUGCACUGUCAGACACACUAAAUUUUUCUGCAAUUAAUGCAAAAAGAACUGGAACAUGAAAGUUCUAAGUUGUGAUCAUAAAGAAAAAAUGGAAUGGUUGGAAUUUGAUGGGGCUUAGUGGCCCAAAACUUUGAACAAUGGAGGAUCAAACAAAUGCCACUCCUAUGCUUUCUGAUUUUAAAAUUCAAAGACAAUAGUUCAGGUGGAAAAUGAGAGCAAACUUUAUGGUUUUUCUACACGUUUUUGUGUGAGUAUUCUUAAUGUCAAUGCUGCUGUGACUAAGGUAUAUCACUUGUGGUCAAAGUUUAAUUCUUCAUAGAAUAUUUUUUAAAUGCUACUGAGAUUAACUGUAAAUAUGAUUAGAGCACCUAUUAAGUUUGCUUUCUUUCAUAGAAUUAAUCCUCUGUAAAGCUGAUUACCAUGAUAGAAAUAUGUUCUAAUAUGUUUCUUGUGGCAAGUAAUUCAAAGGUAUAAAACAAAUAGUAAAAAAUGUUGUUUUAUUUUCAUUGAUAUAUACUGAUAGAUGCCAUAAAUUAGUAGCAAAAGGCACUUCUAAAGGUAAGUGGUUUAAGUUCCCUCAAGAGAGGGACAAUGUAGCUUUAUUUUACAAGAAGGUAUAGGUAGAUUUCUAUGAACUAUUUAUUCUGUACAGUUUUGUAUAUCUUUGGUUCACAAAAUAAUUAUUCUUGGGUGCCUUUCAUGAAAAUUGAAAAUAUUGCUCACUACAAUAAAACUAAAAUGAAAACUCUA